AUGCCAUAUUGUCUACGGGAGCAGCCCAUCUUCAGUGCCAGAGCUCAUGUCUUCCAGAUCGACCCGGCCACCAAACGCAACUGGCUGCCGGCCAGCAAACAUGCCGUCACCGUUUCCUUCUUCUAUGAUGCCAGCAGGAGUGUGUACCGCAUCAUCAGCGUGGGUGGGACGAAGGCCAUCAUCAACAGCACCAUCACCCCCAACAUGACGUUCACUAAAACCUCCCAGAAGUUUGGGCAGUGGGCCGACAGCCGGGCCAACACCGUCUACGGGCUGGGCUUCUCCACGGAACAGCAGCUGCAGCAGUUUGCGGAGCAGUUUAAGGAGGUGAAAGAGGCGGCCCGUCUGGCCAGAGAGAAAUCUCAGGAGAGGUUUGAAUUAGCUAAUCCUGCACUCAACAUCGCUGCUCCAGAG